UAUCUUCCCACCCUCUCCUCCUCCUCUAACAAGACGAAGAAAAAUAGCUCCUUUUCUCUCUGUUAAAAAAAAAAUAGUAGAAAAAAUACAGAGAAAUUAAGGUUUUUAUAAAAAAAGAAAGAAAAAAAAGCCCAGAAGCGCUUUCUUCUCCAUUGGAAAUCUCAAAAUCCAAUCUUUCUCUGCUCAUCCAGCGCAUGUGGUCAGCUGCUUGAUGCAAGAUGGUGAUGGCCGCAGUUGUAGGUCUGGCUGCCGGAAAAAGGUUUCCAAGAAGCUCUUUUUAUUCCUCAGAUUUUGCAGAAAAAAACAUUUUUUCUGAUCAUAAAACUGUUCGGCCAUCAACAACUUCAAAUAUAGCCAUUAUAUUUGCUCAAAAGUCAUCAAAUUUUUGCACGGAAGCUUCAGCACACAGACAAUCAAAACCCAUCAAAGCUCUUAUGACACAUGUCGAUACUUACGCCCCCUCCGCCGCUCAUAACUCGUUCGACAUCUCCGGCGGCGGUGCCGUCGAGGAUCACGGCGGUGACAUCGAAUCUUCCCUCGAAGCCCUAAUCUUGUUGCAGAAAUCCAUGUUGGAGAAGCAAUGGGAGCUCUCAUUCCGACAUGUGAGGAGUGCUGCAACUAGUACUGAGAGGAAGGCGGGGGUUGCUCCAUCUGGGAUCUCGGCGGAGCAACGGAGAGCGGAGAGGAGGAGGAGGAAUUGGGAAGACAUGAAGAUGACAAUUAACAAUUUUGCAGGUAAAUUUACAUUGAAAUACGAUGAUAUUUGUGAUUUAAUUUUGACUGGGGAGGCAGAGGAUGAUAGCGCUAAUGUUGUAACUGAAGAAGUACAGGAUGCACUAUUGCUAGAAAUUCACAGUUCUAUUGAUGAUUGGAUACUAGAUUCAGAGGCUUCUUUCCAUACAUCUUCUCCCCGAGAGUUAAUGUGGAACUAUGUUGCAGGUGACUUUGGGAAGGUGUAUCUAGCUGAUGAAAAAGCUCUGGAUCUCAAUAAGAGUGAUCAUAUAAUAGUGUUCUCAGAUAGCUUCUGGAAGGUUACAAAAGGGGCACUGGCAGGCUUUAUUUGUAAUUUUUUCUUACAAUAUAUGAAUUUCAGACUGAAGGAGAGGUUGGGUUUUGAACCAUCUGAUAGACAACUCGCCUCUUCAUUAAAAAUCUCCUGUAAAAGCCUGCGUGCAAAGCUGUUGGAAUGUUCUUUAGCAACAGAGAAACUUGCUAUGAGUAAUGUUCGUCUUGUCAUGUCCAUUGCACAAAAAUAUGAUAACAUGGGCUCCGACAUGGCCGACCUCAUUCAGGGUGGUUUGAUUGGAUUACUUCGCGGCAUAGAGAAAUUUGAUUCCUCCAAAGGCUGCAAAAUUUCAACCUAUGUAUACUGGUGGAUCCGACAGGGCGUUUCUCGAACUCUCGCUGAGAAUUCGAGAACCUUGAGAUUACCAACUCAUUUGCAUGAACGAUUGAGCUCCAUUCACCAUGCAAAAAUCAGGCUGCAGGAGAAAGGAAUCACUCCAUCUAUUGAUAAUAUUGCAGAGAGUCUGAAUAUGUCAACAAAGAAAGUGAGAAACGCUACUGAGGCAGUCAAUAGAGUUCUAUCUCUUGAUAGGGAAGCUUUUCCUUCACUGAAUGGCCUUCCUGGAGAUACUCUCCACAGUGUAUGCAUCCAAUCUGCAGAAUUAGCAAAAUUGAGUGAUUUGUCAAAAACUAUUCACACUGGAUCAUUUUAG